GUGAGCUGUGAUUGGUCACAGCUUGUCACAUGGUACAAGGCUGUUGUGAAUAGCCUUGUACCAUGUGACCUCUGUGAUCAUUCACAGAUUUCACACGUAGUAAGCAAUGAUGUCAGGAAGUGACAUCUUGCUUACUACUUUGCAUGUGAUCACUGAUUGGCCAAUCAGUGAUCACAUGAUCGGGACCUCGUACAGAGGUCCCGUCCGACGAUCGGUGUUUCACUGUGUCCGGAAGACACAGCGGGCACCGGAUCGCGGUGGUGCGCGCUCCCAGGGAGCGCGCACAGCUAGAAAAGGCGGGUGCCGUUUAUGA